UGACGCAGCUCCCCAAAGAUUCCCCUGAACCCCGUUAUCCACACUCAGCAACCUGCACUUUUCAUCUUCUCCUCUAGAGGCCACUGUUCAGACUAUUGUAUGCCACUCCUGGUGCUGGUCUUCUGGUGCUCUGAGGGUCCUUCACUUCCUCUGACUGAAGAGGAAAUUCUCUGUGUGUGUGUGUGUGUGUGUGUGUGUAUGUGUAUCUGUGUGUCUGUGCUUUGCUUGGGGUUCAGUGUGUGAGUGAUACUGUGCUGUGGGCAUGUGUGUGUGUGUUUGUGGUGUGUUCGGGUGGGUUCUAAUACAGCCGUUUAGAUUAAGGAAGUCCAGACUGCAGACGGCUUCAGCCAGUGAAACCUUCAUUUCAGAGCAACAUGAGAACCACCGUUAUACUGUUAUAUACCUGUUGGAUUGCAGGUUUGCACAUAUCUUUUACACAGUCAAAGAAACUGAACUGCAUUGUGGGAGAGAGGGUCCAUUUCCAAACUGCAGUGAAGAACGAUGGACAUAUGUACAAAAAUGGCAGUAAGAUUGGCAAGGUGAUUGAAAGCAAAUUCCACAUCAUUAAUGAAAGAUACAGUGACAGACUGCAGUGGGACAAGAGCACAGGACUCUUCUCCCUGUCUGGGCUCAAGAUGGAGGACUCUGGAGCGUAUAAAGUGGAGAACAAUGAUGGGCCACAAACUGUAGACAUAUACCAGCUGACGGUGUACAACCCAGUACCCAGACCUCAGGUGUCCAGCAGGAGCAGGGUGAAACCCAGCUGCAGUGUGCUGUGCUCUGUGGAGAAUGGGAGAGAGCUCACCCUGUCCUGGCACAGAGAGGGGCAGAUACUGUCCUACACCAGCAGCCCCAAUCUCAGCACCCCCCUGUCCCUCCCUCUGGAGAUAGAAGAGAACAGCGCCCCCUACAGCUGCGUGGCUGAAAACCCAGCAAGGAAGGAGAUAGUCCUAGUCAAACCUGCUAUGGUCACUGUUCCCAUGAUGCAGUGCUGUAUGUAAUGUUUGUGUUGAGGCUGGUGGAGUUUGUGUUGGUGACUCUGGCAGUGGUUGUGUUACUCCAUCUGUAUCAUAAAGUUCUCACUCAAAACAGCACUGUGAGAAGAGGCCAGAGAAGAUAUCAGGAAGCAGAUACAGCACUCUAGAUUCACACACACACACACACACCUCACACACUCACACAUAUGUACGCAUAUAUACACACACACAUGCACUCACUGUAUGGGUCAUUUUCUCAAUUGAUUCUUAAUUGACAAUGUGUGUUAACAUAACGACAAUCACAUGAUUACAAAAAACCUUUUAAUUCUGGUCUUACAGCAAGGUCAACAAGGGGUAUUCAGAAGACAAAAUACUGAUAAAUGUUUGUGGCCAACUUCAUGUCUUUUUGUUUUGGUAAAGCCCCCCCUUCUGGAAAAGUGUGUAUAAGAGUCUUACUAUGUCUGAUUCAAAUCAGAAAGCCGGUAAGCUUUCUCACUUUCU